AUGGCUUUUUUACUCUUUUUAAAAAUUAAACUUUUUAAGUAUAACGGCGCAAAUAUUCAAUUACUCGAUCUUCCCGGAAUUAUUGAAGGUGCUUCUCAAGGAAAGGGCCGUGGAAGGCAAGUUAUUGCUGUUGCUAAAACUGCCGAUUUAAUUUUGAUGAUGCUGGAUGCAACAAAGGGGGAUAUUCAGAGAGGACUUCUCGAAAAAGAAUUGGAAGCUGUCGGUAUUCGUCUCAACAAAAAACGUCCAAAUAUUUAUUUUAAAAGAAAGGCUGGAGGAGGUGUUAAAUUCACCCACACAGUUCCACUGACUUUUUGUGAUGAAAAAAUGAUUCAAUCAAUUUUACAUGAAUACAAAAUAUUUAAUGCGGAUAUAAUCUUUCGAGAGAAUAGCACGGUUGAUGAAUUAAUUGACGUUAUACAAGGCAACCGAGUUUAUAUUCCAUGUCUAUAUGUUUACAACAAAAUUGACCAAAUUUGUAUAGAGGAAAUGGAUACUUUAGCUAAAAGUUCCCCUCAUAAUGUUGUUGUUAGCUGCGAAUUAAAUUUAAAUUUGGAUUAUAUGUUGAAGAGAAUAUGGGAAUAUUUGGCAUUAAUUAGAAUUUAUACUAAAAAGCCUGGAAGUCCGCCAGAUCUUGGUAAUUAUUAAAUUUUUUGUUUAUUCUUCGUAGACACUUGUUUAGCCUGAGGGGGUUUUUUGAGGAUUAUCAGCGACAUUUUUUCGGGACUCUUUUUUGAGGACUUUUUUUGAUGCUUCUUGUGAGUAUUUUUUUGCGGACUUUUUUUCGGAUUUUUUGUUGCUUCUUGUGGGUAUUUUUUGCGGAAUCUUCUUUGCGGAUACUAUUGCGGACUUCUUUUUGCGGACUUUCCUUUUGACUUUUUUGGACUUUUCCUUUUUUUAGCAGAUUUUCCCUUAUUUCUGGACCUUUUCCCUUUUUUUGAGUCAUUCCCUUUUUGCGGACUUUAUUUGCGACUUUGUCUGAGGAUUUUUUAACCAGACUUUUUGUACGGACUUUUUUCAGACUUUUUGGAUAUUUCGGACUUUUCUUUUGAAUUUUUUGCUGACUUUUCCUCCUUUUAGCGGAUUUUCUUUUAUUUCUGGACUUUUUCCUUUUUUGAGUCAUUCCCCCUUUUUGCUGAUUUUUUCGGAGAAUUUUGCGGAUUUUUUUCGCUGAUUUUUCUUGCGGACUUUUUUGCGGACUUUGUCUGCGGAUUUUUUUGC